CGCAGCGCUGCACAGGUUGGAGGGAGACAAGCGGAGGCUCAUACCAUGGACACUUACCAGAAACCAGAAGAUAAGGAGCUGCAGGCCCUCAAGGAUGCGGCCAACCGGCUGCGGAUCCAUUCCAUUAGGGCAACAUGCGCCUCCAACUCAGGGCAUCCCACCUCCUGCUGCAGUGCUGCUGAAGUCCUCUCUGUGCUUUUCUUCAACACCAUGAGAUAUGAAGCAGCUGAUCCUGGUAAUGCUAACAAUGAUCGCUUUGUUUUGUCAAAGGGCCAUGCUGCUCCCAUCCUCUAUGCUGCUUGGGCAGAGGCUGGCUACAUCAAGGAAUCGGACCUGCUCAACUUGAGGAAAAUCGAUUGUGACCUGGAAGGACAUCCAACUCCUAAAUUGCCCUUUGUUGAUGUUGCAACUGGAUCCUUAGGACAAGGGCUGGGGGCAUCUUGUGGCAUGGCAUACACUGGGAAAUACUUUGACAAGGCUAGUUACCGUGUCUACUGCUUAUUGGGAGAUGGUGAAUCCUCUGAGGGAGCUGUCUGGGAAGCCAUGGCCUUUGCCUCUCAUUACCAUUUGGACAACCUUGUGGCCAUAUUUGAUGUCAACCGCUUGGGCCAGAGUGAAGCUGCACCUCUUCAGCACCAGACUGAUAUCUACAUGAAGAGAUGUGAAGCCUUUGGGUGGAACACCUAUGUUGUGGACGGCCAUGAUGUGGCAGAGCUUUGCCAUGCUUUCUGGCAGGCUGCUCACGUAAAGGACAAGCCCACAGCAAUCAUUGCUAAAACCUACAAGGGCAAAGGUAUUUCAGGGGUUGAAAAUGAAGAUAACUGGCAUGGAAAGCCUAUGCCAAAAGACAAAGCUGAAUCCAUCAUCAAUGAAAUCCAGAGUCAGAUCCAGACCAAUAGGAAGCUAAGCCCUCUGGUUCCCAUUGCAGAUGCACCAAAGAUUAGCAUUUCAGACAUAACCUUUCCUUCUCCCCCAAACUACAAGAUUGGUGACAAGAUUGCAACCCGCAGAGCUUAUGGCCUGGCUCUCGCUAAACUGGGACAUGCAAACAGCAGAGUUAUUGCCCUUGAUGGAGACACAAAAAACUCCACUUUCUCCGAGAUCUUUAAGAAGGAGCACCCAGACCGCUACAUCGAAUGCUUCAUUGCUGAACAGAACAUGGUGAGUGUGGCAAUGGGAUGUGCCACACGGAACCGCACAGUGGCUUUUGCCAGUACAUUUGCUGCCUUCCUCUCAAGGGCCUAUGAUCACAUUCGCAUGGGGGCCAUCUCACAGUCCAAUGUCAAUCUCUGUGGCUCUCACUGUGGAGUCUCCAUUGGUGAGGAUGGUCCUUCUCAGAUGGCUUUGGAGGAUCUUGCAAUGUUCCGUGCUAUUCCAACUUGUACAGUCUUCUAUCCCAGUGAUGGAGUUUCAACCGAACAUGCUGUCUUUUUAGCAGCCAACACUCCAGGUAUCUGCUUCAUCCGAACCAGCCGCCCAGACACUGCUGUUAUAUAUUCUCCAGAUGAGAAGUUUGAAAUUGGGCAAGCAAAGGUGGUGCGCCAGAGCAGCUCUGAUAGGGUAACGGUUAUUGGUGCUGGAGUGACUUUACAUGAGGCCUUGGCAGCAGCUGAUGAACUUGCUAAGCAAGGUAUCAAUAUUCGUGUGGUUGACCCCUUUACCAUUAAACCAUUGGAUGCUGCAACAAUUCUAUCCAGUGGUCGGGCAACUGGCGGACAUAUAAUUACUGUGGAAGAUCAUUACAGAGAAGGUGGACUUGGAGAAGCAGUCUGCGCUGCAGUUGCAGGAGAACCAGGGUUCAUUGUCCAAACUUUGGCUGUGCGUGGCGUCCCCCGAAGUGGAAAGCCAACGGAACUUCUAGACCUGUUUGGCAUAAGUUCUAGAUGCAUUGUUGAAGCUGUUAAAUCUACCUUUGCAAAUUAAUUUCAGGCUGAUCCAUUCUUCAGGCGCUAUAACAAACAUUUUAACAUCAGCUUCUUCCAUUCACCUCCUGCACUACCUCCUCCAUCUUGACAAGUUCUAAGUUUGUUGUUGUCUGUAAAUGUCAUUCAACACUAGCUGGUCUCUAGAAUCCUAACAGUCCCAAGCUGUCUCCUGUUUCACACUCUCAGCACUUAUAAUAAAGAGAAGAAUGUCAACCA